AUGCCUCGCAGAAAGCGCUCCCUCGACGAAAUGGCCUUAGCCAACAAGUCCGACUCUGACGACGAUGACUACAGCGAUCACGCCGUGCGUUCAUCACGAGCAACUGCUUCGAGAUCGAAACCGAAGAAGCCCAAGACCGCGAGAAGGAAGCGCCGUGACUCGGAGGACGACGACAUCGUAUCCGAUGACGAGAUCCUAAGCGAUGCUGACGAGCUUUCUUUCAACGAGUCGGAGUUAGAAGAUGAUAGUAUGGCUCAGCGGAAUGCGAGAGGUCUCGUCGCCCGGAGGGCAGCGACAAAGAGACCGGCGUACAACGAAGAUCCAACUAGCUCCGAUGAGGACGAGCAAGAGAAUGACAUUGAUGCUCACGGCGAGGAAGAUGAAGAAGAACCAGAUCCUCCUGUGGAAAAGCAGAAGAGCACCGUGUUAAAAUUGAAGAUCCCCCCUGCUGCUCUCAGGCGACAAAAUGAGAUUUUGCAGCAGCAGAACGGCGGCAACCGCAGGAUCACCCGACGAAUGCGCGCCGAGUCUGAGGAAGUCGUUGCUCUUACAAAUUCCGGGCGCCAUGUAGAAAUCGUUCAGCGGACGACCCGCAGUCCUGAGGCCGAGGCCCCACUAGCGCGUCGUCCAUCCAGAGAAACUCGAGGUUUGAAGCAGGUCAUCGUGGAGGAGGAAGAGGAGGAUGCUACAAUGGGCAAUCAUAACAAUGACAAGACCGAGGAGUACGUGGUUGAUGAGACGACGACCGAGAUCAAGGGCUCUCAGCUCGAGAUUCAGGAAAGCGCCCACGGUAGUUUUGAAGAGCCCGCACCUGCCGCGGUGGAGCCCGCAAAAACGAACCCCGAAGGUGAGGAGGAAGGUUUCGUUCCCGAAUCCGAAAAUGGCGACGCGAAACAUCAUCAGGACGACGAGGACGAGGAUGAUGAAGGCCCCACUACCCGGCGAAGGACUAGGACAAAUAGACAACCAACUCAGGGGCACCAGUUAGAAGAGGAGGCGUCACACCUCCGUCGCUCCAGUCGCAAGAAGCCACCUCGCAGCUCCCAGCGUAAGGGUCAAGAUGACGAGAGCGAUUUCGAACCAGAAGAGGAAUCGAACGACGAGGACGAGGACCUGCAAUCGGAAGAGAGGUCUCAAGCCUCGCCCCACAAGGGCCGUGACGACGAUAGCGGAGACUACACAAGCCGGCGUCCAGGUCUACGAAAGAGGGCGUCUCGCUCCCGUGGGCAGUCGGAGGCCGCAGCAGACAUUGCUGAUGAACUUGCUGAGGAACUACACGAUCUCAGAGGUGGCCGCUCUCGUCGGAGGAUGCAGCCGGAGAUUAUCUACGAGAAACCCCGUCGUAAUCGCAAGAAUGUCGACUACAGAAUCAUCCGUCCUGAUAUCUUCCUUCCCAUCGAAGAGGAGAACGAAGUCAACGAAUCGCCCUCGCGACGCGGCCGGGGAGGCGGCGGAGGAGGCGGUGGUAGCACCUGGCAGCGUACGCUCUUCCCAACAUAUGGUCCGUUUGGAGGCGCCGGGCCAUCCGCGAUCUUGGCUGGCCCCGAUGCGCCUGUGGCCACAGGCGGAGUGGAUAGUGAUAGCAGCGAUGACGAAGCCAUCCAACCUAUCAAACCUGGUACAACAGGUGCUCCCGCGCAGGCCCAUGGUGCUGAUCCGGUGCAAGGCCCUGCAGGGACACCUGGGAACCUCGGCAAGAUUAAGGACAGACAGACAUUGGCGGACGCGGACCCGUUGGGCGUCGACUUGAAGGUCAACUUUGACAGCGUUGGUGGCCUACAAGGGCAUAUCGACCAGUUGAAGGAAAUGGUUUCGUUACCGCUACUGUACCCUGAGAUCUUCCAGCGUUUCCACAUCGUUCCUCCACGGGGUGUUCUCUUCCAUGGACCUCCUGGUACGGGUAAAACGUUACUAGCUCGGGCUUUGGCGAAUAGUGUCAGUUCUGAAGGUCGUAAGGUGACUUUCUACAUGAGGAAGGGAGCGGAUGCACUCAGUAAAUGGGUUGGUGAAGCUGAAAGGCAGCUACGGUUACUCUUUGAGGAGGCGCGCAAAACUCAGCCUAGUAUCAUCUUUUUUGAUGAAAUCGAUGGUUUGGCUCCCGUGCGGUCAAGCAAACAGGAACAAAUCCAUGCGUCUAUCGUUUCGACUCUGCUCGCAUUGAUGGAUGGCAUGGACGGUCGUGGUCAAGUGAUUGUCAUUGGUGCUACGAAUCGACCGGAUUCUGUUGACCCAGCACUUCGCCGUCCUGGCCGUUUCGACCGUGAAUUCUACUUCCCAUUACCCAACAAGGAAGGUCGGCGGGCGAUCCUAGACAUCCAUACCAAGGGCUGGGAUCCGCCGCUGCCGGAAGACAUCAAGGAUGAGCUGGCCGAAAUCACCAAGGGCUAUGGAGGUGCGGAUCUGCGUGCUCUUUGUACAGAAGCAGCCUUGAACGCAGUGCAGAGAAGAUACCCCCAGAUCUACCAAUCGGAUGAGAAACUCAUUAUCGACCCGAAGUCGAUCAGCGUUAGUCCGAAGGAUUUCAUGCUGGCGACCAAGAAGAUGGUUCCUUCGUCCGAACGGUCUACUACCUCUGGUGCUUCUCCACUGCCCAAGACCGUGGAGCCCUUAUUACGACGGUCCUUGGCGGAAAUCCAGAAACAACUGUCCGAGAUCCUGCCCCCGCGGAAGCGGCUUACUGCUUUGGAGGAGGCCCAGUUUGAGGAGCCGGAGACCUCGGGGAGCUUCCGUCGUGAACACAUGCAGCAGGAAUUCGACCGGUCACGGGUCUUCAGACCUCGGAUGCUCCUCCGUGGGCACCAAGGGAUGGGACAACAGUACCUGGCGUCUGCCAUCUUGCACCAUUUUGAGGGACUCCAUGUUCAGCCGUUUGAUCUGCCGACCCUGCUCAGUGACUCAACUCGAUCCGCGGAAGCUGCAGUCGUGCAACUCUUCCAGGAAGUUAAAAGGCACAAGCCAAGUGUGAUUUACGUCCCUAGUAUCUCAGCUUGGCAUGACGAGACCGUGGGCAGAGCUGUUAUUUCUACUUUUUUGGGCCUUUUGCGCUCGCUUCCACCGAGUGAUCCUGUCUUGGUGUUUGGAGUGCUUGAGUCGAUGGGCGAAGAGGAUGAGAAGGAGCCUCCUUCAAUCGUGAAGAACCUGUUCGGGUUCUCAAAGAAGAACUUUUUCGAACUGCAGGCUCCCGACCACACCGCACGGCACGAGUUCUUUGCGCAGUUGGUUGAUUACAUCAAGGUCUCGCCGUCUGAGUUCCCCAAUCCUGAGAACCGCAAGAGGAGAGAACUAGAGAGAUUGGAGGUUGCACCGCCUCCGCCUCCCAAGCCUGCCACGCCGCUUACCAAGGAACAACUGAAAGUGCAGAAGAAGAAGGAUCGCCAGACACUCAAUUUCCUCAAGAUCCGGAUUCAGCCCAUCAUGGACCAGAUCAAAAAAUACAAGAGGUUCAGGACUGGUGUGAUUGACGAGUCCCAGAUUCGGUAUCUGUGGGAGGAAGACAAUCCGAACAUCCUCACCAGUGAUUUGCCCAUCGAGCAGCGGACGACUUUCCGGCCGUUCGAGAAAGCUCAGGAUAAGCACGGGGUUCUUGGUCUCCGGGAGGUGGUCUCCGGAAAAUUCUUCUACAACAUGGAGAUCGUGACGAUUGAGAAGCGACUCUCCAACGGGUUUUACAAGCGGCCUAAGGACUUCUUGGCAGACAUCAAACGGAUUGCCAAGGACGCCAAGCAACUCGGUGAUCAGGAACGGAUACUAAGGGCUAAUGAACUGCAAUCCAAUGUAGAAGUCGAUGUCGGUAACAUCGAGCAGACAGAACCGGCUCUCGUCGCUGAAUGCGAGCAGGUCUACUUGCGGGAAUUGGAGCGGGAGAAGAUCGCACUGGAACGAGCAAAGAGGGUCGAGGAGGAAGAGGAGGCCUUUGCGCAGGCGAACAAGGUACCGCAUGGUAAUACCGAAUCGACCUUGACCAGUGGCCCCGUCAACCUGGGCGAGUCAUUCACGGAUGGUGAAGGUGUAUCAAAACUGGCACCUGGACAGCCGGAUACGCCAGUGACGCCUUCGCGAAACCGUCUCGCUGUGAGCUUUACCUCCAACGGUUAUGGCGGAGGUUCGGAUCUCAAUGAUCUCAGCACGCAGGCUGUGAUGAGCCACGGCUCGCACGGGGACGGGGACGGGGAUGGAGACACUUACAUGACCAACUCGGAGGACCAAUCUGGCGGAAGGCAGACGCAGGACAGCUCGUUUGGCCCGUCUGCACAGGCUAAGCCGCCGCAUUCGCAUACCGCACCUUCCCAGCAAGUAAGACGUGAAUCCGGUCUGUUGAAUCUAUCGCAGAGGGAAACCAUGACUCCCAUGGCACCUGGAUCUCAGCCGAUUGAUUACGCCAAUGAAGCCUCCACCACGCAGACAUCAGAUGAGAAGAAGUCCGAGCAGUCGUCUGGUCCUCAACACCAACAGCACCAGCACCAGCCUUCUCAACAGAACAAUUCGUUCCACAGUCCAAUGACAGGUCAGGGUGGUCGACACGAUUAUCCCGACCUCACUCAAUACCCUGAUCGCUCAUCGUAUGAGGAGCAUCUUCCGGAUACGCAACAGGAAGCGAGCAGCCAGCCGUCUCCACGUGCGAAUGCAGAUAAUGCCCAUCUCCCGAAUGGAAGUCAGAAGGCGCAGCCGCCGGUGCCGCUUUUCGACGCCCCCAACAAACAACAACCACAUGGGCCUGCCAAUAUCCAGGACUUGCUCAAUGACGAAGAUCAAUCUCCGAAGCUGAUCCUGGACCACGAUUACAUCAACCAAUUGCAUGAGGAACUCACCCAACGCACCAGCGGGUGCUCCGUGGAGCAACUGGAGCAGAUCAACACCAACCUGAUGGACUACGUGUGGCAGACGCGGGGUGAAUGGAACCGCACCCAUGUGGUCGCCGGGAUCGUGCAGACCUUCAACGCGGUCCUAGAGGACAUGCAGGAAAUGCAGGAGAUCGGGCCUAUCAGCCAAGAGACCAAGGAGCGGUUGGGAGAGGCACCGAGUUUCCAGAUGUAA